AUGCGCCGAUCCGGGCUCCUGCUCUUCCUGCUGGCCCUCCUGGUGCUGGUGGCGGCCCGGCCGGCGGCCGGGCUGGCCGGCUGCCCGGCCGGCUGCAGCGCCUGUGCCGGGGGCAAUUGCACCCGCUGCGAAGCCGGGCUCUUCCUGCUGACGGCCAAGUCGCCGCACGCCUGCCUGGCCGCCUGCCCGGCGGACUACCCGAGCAAGCUCCGCUCCGGGUCGGUGGACACAUGCAUCGUGGAGAUGAUCCCGGGGUGCGAGUACCUCCGCGACACGGGCAGCGACUUCCACUGCGAGGCCUGCUUCCCGGGGGCCGGCCUGCGGGAUGUCUUCACCUGUGUCCCCUGCGAGCCGGGCUGCAGCCGGUGCGCCGGGCCCGGCGAGUGCACGGCCUGCGCCCCGGGGCACUUCCUGGCCGCCGGCCAGUGCGCCGCCUGCCCGGCCGGCUGCUCCCAGUGCCAGGCCGACCGUUGCACCGAGUGCCCCCCCGGCGAGGUGCUCUCCGAGGGGGCCUGCGCGGCGGCCUGCCCGGGGGGCUCCUUCGCCCGGGCCGGCGUGUGUGAGGCCUGCCAGCCCGGCUGCGCGGCCUGCACCGUGGACGCCUGCACGGCCUGCGCCCCGGGGCGGCUGCUGCACGCCGGGGCCUGUGUCGAGGCCUGCCCGGGGGGCUUCUUCCCGCUUGCCGGGGCCUGCGGCCCAUGCGACAGCUCGUGCGCCGCCUGCCUCUCGGAGGGCGAAUGCACCGCCUGCGCCGCCGGGCGCCUGGCCCUCGGGAAGGCCUGCGUGGAGGCGUGCCCGGCCGGGACCUUCGCGCAGGCCGGCGCAUGCGUCGCCUGCCAUGGGUCCUGCGCCACCUGCGCCUCGGGCCAUGCCUGCCUGGCCUGCGGCCCGGGGCUGCGCUUCCGCCAUCCGACCCCGGGCGAGGCGUCCCUCUGCACGGCGACCUGCCCGCCGGGGCAGGCCGCCGGCCCGGCCCGGUGCGUCCUCUGCCCCCGGGGGUGCACCGACUGCACGGCCGACGGCCUGGACUGCGUGGCCUGUGCCGAGGGGCUGCACCUGGCGGAGGAUGGCGCGGCCCGGCGGCGCUGCCUGCCCGACUGCCCGGCCGGGUCCUUCGCCGACCGGGGCCUCAUUUGCACGGCGUGCCAUCCGUCGUGCGCCGCGUGCCGGGGGCCGGAUGCGUGCGACGCCUGCCGGCCCGGCGGGUGGGUCUUCGCCGAGCCGGACCCGGCCGCCGGGCCGGGGCUCUGCACGGAUCGCUGCGCGCCCGGGUGGCUGGCCGUGCCCGAGCCCGCCGGCCGGGGCCGCUGCCGGCCCUGUGCCCCGGAGUGCGACCUGUGCGAGGGGGCGGCGGACCGGUGCACGCGCUGCGCCGCCGGGGCCGGGCCGGCCACCGACGCCGGCCUGCCCGGGCCCUGCGCCGCAUGUGCCGCCGGGUGCGCCAGCUGCUCGGCCGAGGGCCGCUGCCUGGCCUGCCGGGAGGGCCUCUGGCUGACGGGCACCGGGGCGUGCGUGGGGGCCUGCCCGGCCGGGUGGUUCGCCGACCCGGCCCCCGGCGCCGGCGAGUGUCUGCCCUGUGCCCCGGAGUGCGCCGCCUGCCACGGGCCGCGGGCGGACCAGUGCCACUCCUGCGCCCCGGGGCUGGACCACAUCGGGUCCAGCUGCGUGUGGCCCUGCCCGGCCGGGGCCUUCCGCCCGGCCGACAACCCGGCCGCCGCCUGCCAGCCCUGCCACGUGUCGUGCGCCGUGUGCAAUGGCCCGACCGAUUCCCACUGCUGGGACUGCGCCGGGGCCGAGCUCGUCCAGCAGGGCGGCCGCUGCGUGCAGCUGUGCGCCGGGGGCUUCACCCCGGAGGCCGGCCGCUGCCGGGCCUGCCACUUCACGUGCGCCACGUGCGACGGGACCCGGGCCGGCGAGUGCCUGGACUGCCGGCCGGGGCUGGUGUCGGUCUUCGGCCCGGCCGGGCCCGACACCGACCACCUCGGCCGCCCCCGCCCCCGCCGCCGGCGCCGCUGCGAUGCCCAAUGCCCCACGGGCUGGGCCCUGGACCGGGCGGCCGGCCAGGCCGUGUGCAUGCCCUGCCCGGAGGGCUGCCUCCUGUGCGGCGGCGGCGGCGGCGGCGGCGGGGCCUGCGAGCAGUGCCAGCGGGGCUGGCUGCUGGUCCCGGCGUCGGGCCAGUGCGCCGGCGCCUGCCCGGCCGGCAUGGCCCCCGUCGGCGCCGCAUGCGUCCCCUGCCACGGGGAUUGCUCCGCCUGCUUUGGCCCCGGCGCCGGGCACUGCAUUUCCUGCGCCGCCGAGGCCGGCCAGCGGCUGCUCCUCGGCGGGGUGUGCCUGCCCGUGGGGGCCGGCUGCCCGGAGGGCCUGUACGCCGACCGGGCGACCGGCGCCUGCCAGCCCUGCCCGAGCGACUGCCGGGCCUGCAGCCAGGCCGACCAAUGCACCGGCUGCCGGCCGGGCGUGCCGCUCUACCAGGGCCGGUGCCUGGCGGCGGCCUGCCCGGCCGGGACUUUCGCCGACAUGGCCCCCCACCCGGGCGACAUGCCGGGCGACGAGCCGGCAGCCCGGUGCGCCGCCUGCCACGCCUCCUGCGCCCGGUGCGGCGGGCCCCUGCCCGGGGACUGCCUCCGGUGCCCGGCGGACCGGCUCCUGGCCCCGGACGGGCGGUGCGUGGAGGAAUGCCCGCCGGGGACCGGCGCCGGGCCCGGGCGUGCCGCGUGCAUCCCCUGUCCGGCCGGCUGCACGGACUGCCAGGCCCCGAGCCCGGGCCCCGAGCCGGCCGACUUGCGCUGCACCCGCUGCCUGCCGGGCCUGCACCUGACCAUGGCCGGCGGCUGUGCGCCGCUCUGCCCGCCGGGGGAGUUCGCCCCGCGGCCGGGGGCCGAUCCUGCGGCGCCGGCGCCGGCACUCGCGCCCGCACCCGGCCAAGUGCCCCCCUCCGACCCGGGGCCCGGCCAGCGGUGUGCCCCCUGCGCGGCGGCCUGCCAAACGUGUGCCCACCAGGCGGCACAGUGCACCGGCUGCCGCCACCCCGCCGAGUGGCUCCUCCUCCUCGGGGAUCGCGGGGCCCGGUGCCUGGCCGGGGCCAGCUGCCCGGGCCGGGACUUUGUCCCGGGGGCCACGCCGGAGGGCGACCGCCUGUGCAUCCCCUGCGCCGAGGCGGGCUGUGCGGAUUGCUCCCGCGACCCGGCGGCCGGGCCGGUGUCCUGCACCCGGGCCCCGGCGGGGAGCUCCUCGCCGCCCAGCUGCCCGGCGGCCGUCGGGUGCCGGCGCUGCCGCGAGGGCCUCCUGCUGCUGGCCCCGGCUGGCCAGCCGGCAAGGUGCCUCGACGCCUGCCCGGAGGGGCACUUCCCGGGUGCGACCGACUGUCGGCCCUGCGCGCGCGGGUGCAUCCGGUGCGAUGGCCCGGACGAUGGGCACUGCCUCGAGCAGGCCGCCGACCCGAAUGGCCGCCAUGGCGCCCGGCGCCGGGCCCUAGCCAUUGGCCUCGGCGUUGGCCUGCCCAUGCUGCUGCUCCUGGUGCUGCUCCUGGCAACCGGGAUGGCAUUUUGCCGUCGGCGCCGGCGGCGCGGCCCCCUGGCCAAGAAGGACAUGCUGGAUGAAAACGCCACCGUCCUCAACACCAUUGUCGAGAUUUCGCUGCCCGGCCGGGCGCUGGUCAGCCUGGAGGCGGACCUCGCCCCGACCGACCAGAGCCUGGGCAAGGGCAAGCAGGCCACCGUAUAUGCGGCCCGGCCGGUGGGGGCCGGGCUGCGAGAUCGCCUCGCCUGCCCGGACCUGGUGGCGGUCAAGCUCUUCCACGACAACCGGUCCCCCGGAACCGGGGGCAAGUCUCUCUUCCACUCGGAGGUGGCCCUGCUGUGGAUGCUCCGCGGGUGCGAGCACGUCGUCCAGAUGUACGCCUACUCCGAAAGCCCGCCGGCCAUCGUGCUGGAGCUCUUCCAGACCCCGCUCGACCGGCUGCUGCAGGCCACCGAGGUGGAUCUCCCCCCGGGCCAGCGGCUCGGCCUCAUGCGGGACAUCGCCGCCGGCCUUGGAGCCAUGCAUGCCCAAGGGGUGGCACACUGCGACGUCAAGGCGGCCAAUGUCCUGGCCCGGCGGCUGCCGGACGGCCGCUGGUACCCGGCCCUGUGCGACCUGGGCGGGGCCAAAAACACCUCCGACCUCCGGGCCAGUGCCCUGGUCUCCGAGGCGGCCAAUGUCGAUCUCCUGUCCAUUGCCUACGCCUCGCCGGAGCGCCUCGAGUCCAUCUUCCGCCGGCAGCAGAUGCCCCCGGUCCAGUACCUCCCGGCUGACAUCUACGCCCUGGCGGUCACCAGUUGGAGCAUCCUCACGCGCCUGCCUCCCUCGGCUGUCAACAAGGGCCUGCCGCUGGCCAAGCUCGCGCGUGAGAUUGUGGCCGGAUACCGGCCCCCGGUGGAUCGGCUCCGGGAGGGGCACUUCGGCCCCGGGGUCGAGGCGCCCCUGGCCGCCCUCCUGCAGGAUGCCUGGGCCGGCGAGGCCAGCGACCGGCCCACGGCCGCCGGCUUCCACGACCGCACGGUGGCCAUCAUCCUGGCGCAGGGCGCUCCCCCGGUCCCCCAAUAA